UUUUUGUUUUUCGUCUGCGAUGAUGGCGGCCGUAGCCAGAUCCGACUCCGACUCUCACCAUGACCUCCCGGAGCAAGAGCCCGAGUUCGUCAUCCGCGCCAUGGAUGACCCCCACCGCCAUUGUCGACCUCCAGCCCCUCCGAGAUGCCAGAUGCCACGGCCGCCCGUGCUCCCGCCUGUCGUCGUUCACCACGGUGGCUAUGCCCUGCCUCUACGAGAUGAUCGCCGGAAAAAGUUCUCGUGUCUCUUCAUCACCAAGCUCACUCACUUGGCACUGAUGAUGUUCCUCGUCGUGGCGACGUUGGCGAUGACGGCGCGCCUGCCCAAGGAGUUGAUCACCCAAGGUGCCGCCGGCGUAGCUCGAAUCGCGUGCCCCGUCGCGAUUGCUCUACUUGCUGUCUCGUGGAUCGUCAUAUUUGCCGUGUGCGACGACGGUACCAAUGUCUACUACCAGCAGUAGCACCCCAAAGCAGGAUCGCUCUUUGCACAAGACGCUCCGGUCAUUAACAUCAGACCUUUCAACUUUUUUCUUUUAGAUUCACUUAGUUUGGUCUAUGUCUAGUCUAUUUUAGUGUGUAGAUUCACUGAUUUCAGUUUGUAUCUUGUUUAUUUUAAAAUUUCUAAAUGGUCUUACAUUAGUGAAGGAAGGGAGUAGAAGAUUUUGGAUCUUAUGCCCAUAAGGUGUAAUUAUAUGCGGACCGCUUAGUUACAGGAAA